AUGCUGCGAUCGAAGUCUACCUUGGCGGUCUUGCUAGCCUUGAGCUUCUUCUUCGAUAGGGCUCAAGCGUUUUGGUGGGACAAGCACGUACUCAUCGGCUUUACAGUACUUUCGGAAGACCAAGCUAAGCUCGUCAAUAAAGACAACAAGCUAUCAUUUGUACAGGAAGACCAGGCUGAGCUCCUCAAUGAAGGCAACGAGCCAGAUGGAGAGGAUUCCCUAGACUCUCCUCGAUUGGGACUUGGCUUGUAUCUGGUGAACGAACCUGGUGGAUUGCCAGAUGAAGAUGAUGAUGAUGAUGAUGAUGAUGAUGAUGAUGAAAGAGAAGAAAAAAAAGGGGGCAAUUGGUAUUGUGCUGUCGCAGCGAAUGAGAGGAAGAUGGGCGAUAUCGGAAAAGUCUUCAUCCCGAAAUCUCUUGAAAAAUCGACUUCGGAUGGGGGGAAGGCGAAAGAGAUCGACGAAGGCUGGCAACCGACAUCUUGGAGCCAAACGACUCCGAAGGAGCGACAAGAAUUAUGGGGCGCCGACGAAGAGGUCAUCGUGGACUACAUCAAGUCAAUGGGAGUAGUGUCCAAGCCCAAGAAAGCGGUGCGCUUUGCGAUCAAUUGGCAGUGGCAGAUGCUCAUUCCGACGAAGGUGGUCAACGGCGGCGAUUUGGACUUGUGGGCCAAUUGCUAUGAAUCCGAAGAGGACCUGGUGGAGGAGUUCUCGACGGAAGCUAUUGAUUGGAAAUCGGCUUUUGAGAUUAAAGGAGAUCGGACGACCGACUGGCGGCAUUGGACUUGGAGUUGA